GAAAGAUAUAUUAUGAUUAAAAUGUUAUGAAAUAUUAAAGAAAUACAUGGAAUAUAUGGAGGAUAGUAGAUUAGUAAAAUGCGAAAUGAAUGAUGUAUCGAUGUUGACGAAAAAGCUGAGUAUCUGCAGACUUAGAUCGUUUUCUACACCAGUUAGUAGGGUUCCAUCAGCGAAAUCUAAUGAUAUGUUGUAUAAAGAGUCGUCAUUAGAUCUUCCUAGUGUUUCACCAGUUUCUACAAUGAAUAUGCAUUCGUCUAAAAGGGUAUUUUUCAAUGAUAGAAAAUCAAGACGACGUAUUUACAAUAUUGGAGAUUACUUUAAGAAGUCUAAAAAUCUUUCAAUUAUUUCAUUUAGACUUUUUUCAAAGCGCCUAAAUUUACGCAAUCAUCUACAAUCUGAUGUAUCAACGAAAAAUUUACUGAAACAUGAAGAUGAAAAAGUAUCUAAUGAGAAGGGAGCUCAUGUUUCACAUAGUUUGUUGGAUUUGAAGCAUUUUUUUAGGUCACAUCAUGAUCAUCUACAGCUGAAUACGCAAGAGUCUCUUAGACAAAAAAAGCAUUCAUUAUUUAGGCUGAAAUCUCGAAAGUUUGAAGCUUCUUUUAAAAACAAGUAUCCUGCUUUUUCUCACAAGUAUGAGAAGUAUGGAAAACCUGUUGGUUCUGGAACAGGUGGUUCUGUUCGACUUUUAAGUUCAUGUGAUGGAACUGUUUAUGCUGUUAAGGAAUUUCGAAAGAAAGCACUUUAUGAAAGUGGUAGAGAGUAUAGGAAGAAAGUUUCUGCUGAAUUUUGUGUGGGUUCUGCAUUACAUCAUCCAAAUAUAAUUCAAACUUUGGAUUUUGUAUCAGAUGGAUCAAGAUAUUAUGAAAUUAUGGAAUAUGCUCCAUAUGAUAUGUUUUCUAUUGUUAUGUCAGGCAAAUUGACACGGGAAGAGAUAUAUUGUUGUACUAAACAGAUACUACAAGCAGUAGAUUACAUACAUAGUUUAGGACUUGCUCAUAGGGAUUUGAAAUUAGAUAAUUUAGUGAUGAAUGAAAAUGGUAUCGUAAAAUUGAUUGACUUUGGGAGUGCUAUUGUAUUUCGAUAUUCUCCUAAAAAUUUUGUUAAAGUAUCAGGUAUUGUGGGUUCUGAUCCUUAUUUAGCGCCUGAGGUCUGUACUGAAGAGUAUUAUAAUCCUCAACCUGCAGAUAUAUGGUCAGUUGCAAUUAUAUUUUGUUGUAUGGUUUUAUGUCGGUUUCCCUGGAAAAAACCACGUAUAUCAGAUGGUUCAUUUAGGGAAUUUGCUAUGGGGAAAACAGAAACUGGAGAUAAUGAAACUGAAAAUCUUAUAUCUGCCCCUACUGUCAUGGUAGGCGAACCUCAUUUGCCUAAUAUUCGUGGUCCGUGGCGUCUUUUGAUGUUGCUUCCUCGAGAAACUCGUCUUACUAUUCAGGGAAUGUUAGAGAUUAAUUCGAAAUGUCGUUGGACUAUGGAACAAAUUAUGGAACAACCAUGGAUUAAAUCGGUGGAAAUGUGUUAUAUUAAUAGUAACAAUGACGUUGUGAAAGCUAAGAAUCAUGUUCAUACUUUAUUAUUAGAAAAAAAAAUUGACAUUUUAUAAAAGUUUAUGAUAAAAGAAAUGAAAAAAUAUAAGCAUUCCCGUUGU